UGUCUGUAAGACGUUUUCUGAUUUGUGGACGUGGAUUUAGGUGUACAUUUUGAAAAUCUUUGCUUGUUUUCGUUGAGCAAAGAUUGUAGAUUCACAUUUUUUAAGUCUUCUCCUUUAAAUACGGUUUCAUGUCUGGAUCAUGGGGACCAAGCAAAGCCUUCAUGCGACGCGGGAAAAAGAAGGCCAGCAGCAGACGCUGGGCUGUUAUGAACAAAAGGCUUCAGGAAAACCCAAAACCUGUGAUCGCACCUGUAAUUAAAAAACUUGAAAAUGGUGGCCCAGUGAUCCAAGCCAGCCCAGCCCAAAUAGAAGACAUCCCCCUAGGAAGUGUGAGAAGAUGUGUUUCUUUGCUGGGUGUUGGAGUGAUGCUACUGACAUUUCGCAGGGUGUACCAGUUCUGGAGGAACAGCCUGAGCCAGUCAUUUGGAUUCUUGAAAAAAUUGCUAUUCUGGCAAGGGUAUGGCAAACAAAUAGAGACCCUCCAGAAUCAAAUAGCUGAGCUGCAGAGGGAGAUGAGCGCCGUGCAUUGUGCUCUUGAGGCUGCUAAGAGUGCAUGCCAUAUCCCUGGGACUGUGAUUGGUGGUACAAUCUGUCCAUUGAUUCCUCCUCCCACUUUCAUGUUGGGUUGUGGAUCUACUGUGGACCCUCCUCUUGCCCUCACACCACCAGCAUCUGACCUACCUCUCCCCCCACCGCCUCCGCCUCCCCCUCCUCCUCCUCCCCCAUGUACCACUUUCCUUCAACCUUACAUCCCAAAAAAGAGGGUGGCCUCCAAUAAUAAACAGGAGAAACGGGACGUACUAGUGGCGGUGACCCUGAGGGAUUUGCAGGCUGUUAAACUGAGAAAGGUCAACACUGUGACGUCAAAGAGGUCUCCAGAGAAGAUGCGUACCCCUCUGGUGACUGUGGCAGACCUGCAGAGUGUUCGUCUGAAACAGUCCCAUUGUAAAUUGCAGACGAAACCGUUCAAACGCCUAAAUGUUAGCAGAACACCUGCCAAAAGUCCCAGAAGUCUGCGUACACAGCUGAAGAGGGUUGAAAUCCGCAGGAGUCCUGGUGGUACUCCUCUGUUUGACAAGGAGAAUAUGGAGACUGGCACUUGCUUCACCCCAAACAUGACUCAGGCCCUGCAACGCAGGUUCCAGAUUGCCUUACCACGGGGUCCAUCUCCAAAAGCCAAGAAGCUUAAUGGAAGCUUUGAUUAUCCAAACUGAGACAUUUACGAAUGUGAAUACAGAUGAUGUGUCAUUGUGGAAGACUCCACCAUGAUGAAAAGGUUCCAGUGUUGCAUGAUGUAUGCAAACUAUAGCUAUAGAUUUUGGCGCAAUGCACUUUUUGUUGCUUUUUGCUUUCCGUUGAUGAAUGGAUGAGCAAGUGCUAGAGCUUGUGGAUGAAAAGAGGAUACACUUGGUUUUUUAACCACUAAACAUAAAUGGUCAACAUGGCCAAUAGUUGAUACUCUGUACAUAUUGUGGAUACACAAGCAAAUGUUUUACUUGAAUUGAUUGAGAACCAUCAUUGUGUUUGAUGUGUGUUCAAUUCACUUGCCAUUUUAUGAGCAAGUCACCUUGCUCAUGUAAAUUUCAAGCAUUGUAAAUUAAUCUGAUCGAGGGCCUGUUUUAAAAGUGCAGAUUGACUGGAAGCCCUAUGAGGGGAAUGAAAUGAAGAUGCAAGGUGGGGGGGCAGAAUAGAUGUGCAGACCACCUGAUCCCAAACAGUCAAGUGGUAUGAUACUACCUGAAAUGACAGGAAAUGGUCUGGGUCUUCUAUAUAUAUAGUCCUGUCCCAAUUAAACAAUAUCCAAACUAACACAUUUUAAAAUAUGAAAAAGAUUUGUAUAAAAUACCACAUUACAACUAAAAUGUUGGGGAGGCCAAUGAGUUGUAAUCUCUCUGAACUCCAGCACCCGCAGCGAUUCUCUGGAUGUGCAUGUAUUGCUAUCAUUGGAUUAAGAAUCAGUAUUGCUUUAUUCAUUAAGUACAUUUACACAUCCAGAUUUUUACUUGGUAUAAAGCUGGUAUUGAUAUUUAAUCCCCAUGUUUUUUUGAGCUUUUGUGUUUUGAGCUGAUGUUGCAUGAUUUUAUUUUCGUGGCUACUGUUACCAAAUAAAUGUUUACAUUUGAAUGUAUUUUUAAAUAAUCUCUGCUUGUGCGUGUAAGAAUUCACCACUUGUGUAUAAGAAUACAA